CAGAAAUGAUCCGAAUCAACAACACCCAAUACUUCCACUUCCUGCAGCAGGCAGACAUUUUACGCCGCUCGGGGUCACUUUGUGAUGCGAUCAUCUCGGUAAAGAGUGAAACUUUCCGGGCCCAUCGGCUGGUUCUGGCUUGUGCUAGCAGGAGACUAGCGCAGCAGCUAGCCCAGGCAGAUAUAGACAGCCCCGUCCACUGCACGCUGGAGUACUUCUCCCCUCACACCUUCCAGCAAGUUCUAGACUUCACCUACACUCAGAAUCUGGAGGUGUCUGUGGAGGACCUGCACCUGCUGCUGGAAGCUGCUCAGGUGCUGGAGAUGAGGCCGCUGGAGGACCAGUGCCUGAAGCAGCUGGACAACCUGGACUACAGAGCCGAAGAACAGAGCAGAAGACGAGACAUCACAUGUGUAAAAGAAGAAGAAGAGAGCAAUCACAAGAAAAAAGGAAGUCCAGUUCAAGAGGAGAAACUCAAAGAGACAUCUUCCCCGAUCGAGGAGGCAAACGACUGCAUUGUCGUAGAAAACCUGUCGCCCUCCGACCCCGAGGAGAACCCCAUCAGUCCCCCGUCCCUCAGAAAGAAACCCAGACUCCACCCGGCCUCCUCCACCUCCCACAGCAGAGACAGUGUCAUCACCCGGCCUGCCAGCAGCACCUCCUCCUUCUCUCCCCCCUGGACUUUCCCUACAAACAUGUGGAGCUCCGUGAGCACCCUGAGGCGGAUAGCCGAGAACUAUUCCACCUUAUUUGCAGCCCACCCUGUCCAGUCCCAGAACCAGUCCUCCGUAGCGUACCCCUUCUCCCUCUCCAGCCCACACACCUUCCCCCUACUCAGCUCUCACUUUCAAUCCCCUGUUCACAGCUCCAUGUUGGGCUACUCAGGCUUUUAUCCACGUUAUACACAGAACCUUUACCCCGGGGCCUCGGGCAUGGGCAGCAUCAUCAAGCAAGGGCUGUUGAAAAGAAAAAAGCCCAACCAGAGAGCUUUUACUGGGACCAUUCAAACCAGCGAGCAGAGUGAGGCACCUAAAGGCAGCAGAGAGAGAGUAAAAGACUGCCGACACUGCAGUCGAAGCCGACUCGGUGACCCAGUGCUGCGGGAGUCCGCCUCCACACCACCAGGUUUGGCCUGUGCAGGGUGUCAGUUCUGUGGACGAGGAGAUGUGGUGCAACGCAGACAACAAUCACAAGAUCAACAAGAACACAGAGGAGAAAAACCCUACCAGUGCCAGCACUGUCCCAAGAAGUUCAGUCUGAAACAUCAACUGGACACACACCACAGAGUUCACACCGGAGAGAAACCCUUCGAGUGUCGUCUGUGUGGUCAGCGUUCUCGGGACUACUCGGCCAUGAUAAAACACCUGAGGACUCACGGCGGGGCCACGCCCUACCAGUGCACCGUGUGUCUGGAGUUCUGCAACAGCCUGGUGGCCAUGCAGAGGCACGUUAAGAGCCACGCGGUGCAGGACUUCCCUCCUGACUGGACCAUCAACAGCACAUACCUGUACAACUCACACAUCUGAGCCAAACACACACACACACACCUCUGUCUACACACAGUUCUCAUGAGUGAAGCUUUAGUUUGUACCACCUUUACAUCUGAGUCACAGAGCAGAGCAGACAUCUUUCUGAUGAUCAUUUUACAACACUUAUCAUUGUUUCAAACAGAUGAAAGGCACAAACUGGGGCUAUCACAGGUGUUGCAAUAACUCAUAUACAAACUGAAACUGCUGCAUAUUCACAUCUAUAGAACAGAGAAAUGCAGCACGGAUUUCCAAUAACAUGUCAGAAAAGGGACUGAAAGUGUUUAUCAUUUGACAUUAGGUCAUGUACGUGCAUUAAAGCCACAACACAGCUCUUCCUCGUCAAAUGAUGCAGCCACCUUCCCUCUUACUUUCACAAUUAUUGGCAUUGCUUGCGAGACAAAAGGCAGACAAAUCCCAGACAGGUAGCCUACCAUAUAAGGACAGCUGUAUUUAAAUAAAAAUGACAAUAAGGAUUGUAGUAGGCGACUAAAAAUCUCACUGGACUGCUUUUUAAGAAAUGAGACUUUAAAAAAAAACUAAAAAAAGACGAGCUUUUGCAGGCAGCUUGGUCUGUUUGGCGCACUGACUCCCUCCCACCACUAAGGGGCGCUAAAGCAUCAUAGAUGGUCACAAGGCCUUCUUGCAACAGUGUGUGAUAACUUUUAUAAAUAUACAGUUGACCUAUAUUUUAACAUUUCACUCAGUUUUGUGAAUGAAAUGGGUAUUUUUUAUGUUUUGAGAUAAGAUGGAUAUCGGACAUUAACAGUGAUAAUAAGUUACCAUGGCGACAGGCUCGUCCAGCAUUAUAAAAAGCAGUUAAAACAACCAAAGAGCUAAUAAAACAAUGACCAAGCAUCAGGUAUGAAGAAAACAUGUGCAAUUAAAAAAUACAAAGUAAGAAGAAGCAAUUGAUUACUUUUUAAUUUUUUUAUUAUUAUUUUUAGAAAAUAUGCAAUAAGGGCAAAGAAUUGUAUUACAAGUUCCUAAAAAAAGAUCAGAAAAACAUGAUUCACAGACAACAAACUCAUCAAAAUGUAUCUAAAUCACUGUUCUUUUUUCACAAACUUCCUGCAGUUAUUGGGUUCACUAUUUGGUUUAAUUGUACAGUUUAUGAGUUGUUUACUUAUGUGUUUACUUAGGUAUACUUAUGCUUGAUUAUUAUACGAAAUAUCUAUAAAAUACUAAGUCAGGUGUCGUCGCUUUACCUAAAAAGAGAGAAAUGGUCCCUUCAGGAGAAAGAUUUAGAACCACUGAUCUAGUAGUGACAAAUAGUCCAUAUAACAAUAGUGCAUUUUUCUAUUUCACUGCUGCGGGGCUGCUAAAUUCACUAGUUGCAGUCCAAAGACAUGGAUAUACUGAGUGAAUACCAAGUGGUAUUUAGCAACCGCCUUACCUCUCUGAAAGCAUCACACAAGUUAUACGACUGUGAAGUUAUCCUCAUGGAAAAGUCCUCAUAUCUUAUCAUAUAUCGUAUUUAUGCAGUAUCUUUAUGUGUGUUGUUUAAAAUAAAUAAAAACAUGUUUAACUCAUUCUUCUUG